AUGAGUCGCUUUGUACUCUGGAAGCAGGUCUGCUCGGUCAAUGCUCCGGACAGCAGGACAUCGGGUAUCUCCCACGAACGGUACAAGCCCCAGCUUGGCUGCGCACGAAUGACACGCGACGGACAGCAGCCAAUUGUGCUUCUUGCCCUUCCUUUUGAGAUCAGGCACAAGAUCUGGGGUUAUGCGCUCAAUAAUGAGGUGACAUUCUGUCGGAAACCUGCACACUGGAACUCGAAAUGCUGCGAUCAUUCGGAGGUAGUGACCAUCGAUCGAAAGCCCGUCUGGAGACCUGGCGCUCGUGGCUACUUGCCCAACCCACAUCUUGGCUUGCUUCUGGCCAGUAGGACGGUCUAUGAGGAAGUUUCUCAUUUUCCUCGAUCGACUUGCCUGGUAUUUUCUGAUUUGGCGUGUGUUGGUGGCUCAAUACUGAGUCUUUGGGCAUAUGGCCCGCAGAAUAGGCCUAGGUGGGACAUAUGGGAUCAACAGCAGUACUGCGAGCGUAUAGAGUACGUUGAAUUUGUCGCUCGAGGACAUCGGAUUGGCGAGGCAAUCCAAUGGGCUGGAUCCAGCAACGUGCAGAAGGUCCAGGCACCAGGCAAGACGCCUUUUGAGGCUCAUCUCCGGACUGAGCUGCUUCUACAUAUGCUCAAAAUGCAGCCUGGUGCGACUCAUCGAUUCGAAUACCAUCAAGACGAGGAGAUCUUCCGAGGCGACGAACUGGCGAUCGUCGUCAGGUUCUUCAUGACGCCUAGGGUGGGGAAGCGUGUCGAAUACCAAUACUGGCCGUGA